CCGUUGCUGUAGUGCAGGUCAGUCACGCGUACAGUACAGCACAGGUGGUCCAACAUAAAGAGGAGAGGGUCGGGGUUGCGAUCUUUAAAAACCCUAACUCAUAAGAGAAAAGAAGACAGUCAUUUGCGGCGUUUAUUCUUGGAGGUGUUAUGAAUAUGUGUGGGUGUCUUGCUUCUACAUAAGAAAAAAUACUGUGAAGGAAUGGUUGACUUCAUCUCAGCUUAUUUUCACUGGAAUGAAAUUCUAUCACGCCUCCUUGGUUCAAAGAACUUUUUUCUGCAGAGUACUGGUUUCUUAUAUCGUAAUCUCAAGGAAUCUGGUUUCAUCCAAACACGGGAAUGUGUUGCAGCUUUUGGAGUUUUGUAGAGUGUUUGGAAAGCUGGUGUGAAAAUAUGCAAGAUGAAACUGCUUCUUCAUCUGAAGAAAAAUGGUUUGUCUAUGGUCCUGAGAAGAAGGAAGAGGUUGAUAAGUAUAUUCACUCAAGUCUCCUACUCCAAAUGGACGGUAGAUUGAACUUCGAGGAUGCUGUGGCCAGUUCUCCAAAGCGAACCGGAAAAUCUUGUCAUCAAUGCCGGCAAAAAAAGGAAAAUUUUGCUGCAACAUGCAAGAACUUCAAGAAAGGGAAACGUUGUCCAAUUAAGUUCUGCAACAAGUGCCUCUUGACCAGGUAUGGGGAGAAUGCUGAAGUGGUCGGACAGGUGGCUGAUUGGACAUGUCCCAAGUGCCGAGGCUGUUGCAACUGUAGCAUCUGCCAGAAGAGACGAGGUGAACAGCCAACUGGUCCUCUCUAUAAAAAUGCCAAGGAAUGUGGUUAUAUGUCAGUUGCAGAAAUGCUGGCAGUUAAGAAGGCUUCAAAAGCAUUAAAUCCAUCUGAAGCUACUUUCGAAGAGGAGCUUGAAGUUUGUAACAAUGGUGGUGAUAAUGUUGGUGCCAUGUGCCAAGGAGAAGUACAAAGGUUCCCAACAAUUGAGGAGGAACUUCUUUUGCCCCUGGCAUGGAAUUAAAACAAAUAUUUGUCAUCGAGUUACCAUCCAAAGAUGUUGGGGAUGCGUUGCAAAUUUUACAAUUUUGUAGAGUUUUUGGGAAGAUGAUUUUGCAGUUGGUCAAUUUCACCAUGGAUGAUAAUAUACGCUAGAAAAAAGGGUAUUAUUGUUCCAGGGUUAUCACGUGUUUUUUCACUGUUAUUCUUAUCGUGUUUCUUUACUGUUAUUCUUGUGUGUAAUUUUAAUUAGGUUCUUGAUCUCAAGGAAGGAGGAGAAGCUGAAGUCAUUUUAAAAGAAUUGCUUAGUAAAGGACAUAACUCCUUGCUAAUUGAAUUUCACAGUAUUGUUUGGGUUUUUUUUCCAGUAACUAAUUUUUUUUAGAUAUUUGAAUUAAUGUUUCCGUAUGGAUGACAUUUAAAGUGGUUGGAAACUUGUUUAAUAUGUCCAGGAAACUGAGGAGAUAUAUUAAAGAUGGAAACUCAAGAUAUGCAAAAAGAGUGAAAGAAGCAAAACUUAAGAUUGAUGCAAUAAGGAAAAGUGUCUUGAACGGAAGUUGCGGAAUGAGAAGGCAAAAGUUGUUUCUUCAACUGUGUCUCCCUUUCCAAUGAAGGAAAAAAUAAGAACCGAGGAUGAUGAAGCACACGCUAACAUGCUCAGGUUAAAGAGCACAAAUAAAAAAGGCUUUAGCAACAUUCAGAUAUCAACUGCAACUUCACCUGAAGAAAGCUGGUCUGUUUAUAGUCCUGCAGAGAUAUCAAAAUAUAUUUUCUCAAGGACUAAAAGACUUAAGAGCCGCAAGGUUUCUCACUGAAUCAAGUUCGCAGGACUUUUGAGCAUAAAUCUUCUUUCGGUGAUGGAGUAUUGGUUUUGGUGGAAAUCUUUCUCUGACGGUCCUUUUUAUCGAGGCUGCACAUGGGUUAUUUUAUUGUAUCAAUGAAUAUAAUUGUUUUGUAUUUUUUUUAGUGAAACACAAAAUGAAAUGAUUUUUUUGUCUUCUGUAUAUUUCUAAUAGUUUAAAUUUAAUAAAAAAAUUUAGAUCUUUUGUCUUGACCAA